CUUGUAGACAAGAAAAUGUCCAGUUUCCCACACAUGCAAGAAUUUGAAGUGGAGAGAAAACCACAGAGAAUUCAAAAAAAGUCUCCUAUUGGUUACGAUUCCGGCACCGGGAAGUUCUUGAACCGAGAUGCUGAAGGUUGGGCAAGGCUCCUGAUGUUCUACAGUAUAUUCUAUGCCGCAUUAGUGAGCCUCUUCUUCAUCUGCCUGGUCACCUUCCAGCAGCAGUUCAUCAACCCCAGAGUACCCCGACUGCAGCAGGAAGGAAGCCUCAUUGGCACCAGUCCAGGACUUGGCUUCCGUCCUCUUCCUAAGGAUGUUAGAAGUACCUUAAUCUGGUACAAGGGUACGGGACCUGAGAGCUAUGCUUACUGGAAAAAUCAACUCAUUGAUUUUCUUUCAGUGUACAAAAAGAAGGGUCAGACAGCAGGCGCGGGGGCGAACAUCUACAACUGUGGCUUCCGCAAUCCGCCACCUCCGGGCAAGAUUUGCGAUGUGGACAUCCGCGGAUGGGAUCCUUGCAUCGAGGAGAAUCAUUUCUCAUUUCACCUGUCUUCGCCUUGCAUAUUUCUGAAGCUCAACAAGAUCUACGGCUGGCGUCCGGAGUACUACAACGAAACGCAGUCGCUGCCAGACGAUAUGCCGUUCGAUUUGCAGGCCCACAUCAAGAACAUCACCGCGUACAACCGUGACUAUGCCAACAUGGUGUGGGUGUCGUGCCACGGCGAGACCCCUGCCGACCAAGAGAACAUCGGUCCCCUGGCGUACCGCCCGUACCCUGGCUUCCCAGGAUACUUCUACCCGUACAACAACGCGGAGGGCUACCUCAGCCCGCUCGUAGCCGUGCAUCUUCAGCGACCAAGGACUGGCAUCGUGAUAAACAUCGAGUGCCGCGCGUGGGCGCGCAAUAUCUUGUACAACCGCAGGGAGAAGAUCGGCGUCGUCCAUUUUGAAAUCAUGAUCGAGUAAACAUUUGGCGUCGAAGCAACGCGUUUAAAGGAAGGUGUUUUAUUAAAACUAUUGUGUCAUGACGGUCUAUGGAUCGUUGGAAGUCGCAUUUACCAAAUCUGCGGUUAGAUUUUUUAGUUGCACAUAAUAAAUGUAAGUUAGUUUACUAUGCAGGCAGAUAUUGGCUCCGGGCCAUUGUACUUCAAGCUGAAACUAACGCAGACUUUCAUAACACGAUUCGCACUAGAUGGAGCAACGAUGAAGAUGGCUGUUGUGUUCUGUUGAUGAUGUUUAGUCACUUCUUGCUAUUUCUUUAUCGCGUUGUCCUCGUUCAACUAUGAUAUUACUUUGUAUAGAAAUGUCAAACAAAUAUGAACUUUAAUCUUCAAAUUCACAUCUUAAUUUUCUUUAUCAUAUUGUCAAACGCAUGUCCAUCCACGCCCGUUACGUGUGAACCGUCUAUUACUCAUGCAUUAUCUUUAAAUCAAAUCUUAUUCUAAUGGUUUUUUUUUAUAUCGCAACUGCGGACACGCAACUACAUGGCCCAAGCCAAUACUCCUAUAGGACUGUUAUAUAUUAAAAAAACUAAUACCUUUACAAUGUAGAAGUAUUAAAAGGUAUUUUACGAAUACGUGACGAGUUUCUUCAAUGUAUACAGGCCAAAUUGAAUCUCUAUAGUAAUCUCUACUUGAACCUAAGCCAUACAUUUAGUGUAAGUGUAAAACGGUUAGAUUAAGUGAACAACUUAAUACUUAUAAGUCCGUCCAAAGUAUGAUUAAUUAGCGUAUUGUGUGAAAGUGCCUUUACUUAACAUUUUACAUUAACGCAGAUUGUUCUAGAAUCUCUUAAGAAUUUUUGACCUUUUUUUAUAAUUAAUAUAUAGUAGAUAACGCAAAGUUGACGAUUUUUGUGUGACAUGAUUUUGCAGUAAAUUAUAUUUCUAUGUUUGUCCAGUGUAUUUUAUAUUCGUGAAU